AUGUGCAUUUGUGACGCCAGACUGGUUGCAUGCUGGAAACGAUGGGGUGUAACACCUGGCUCGAGCCUGCCGCCUCUGAAGAAAAAAUGCGUAAAAAUAACACAUUUCGGAUACUGGUGGAUGAAAAAUGAUAUGGGAGUUAACAGGACAGGUAGCCAUUAUUUCGCCCCCUGGGAUGUUGAAUGGGGAAAAAAACGUUAUAGCGAUUACUUCAACCAUACUUGGACUAAGCCCCCCACUACAGAUUAUUUUGAGGAAGGUGCUAGCCACGACCGAUAUGACUUCGACGAUAACGCGGUUGGAUAA